CGAAUCGACGUAAUUUUUUGUGCGGCUUGUGAGCCUUGGCUGCUGCAAUAAAAAGCAGGUAGAGUCAGUCGCAGCGUCAAUCAUCAUUCAUUUCGGGCGUGCUGCCGCAAUUUUGCAGCAAAACUUCGCACGAGACACGCCCGUCGGCGCCCGUCGGCGUCCGAUGGGAGAGGCCCGAUCGAAAAAGUGCCUACGUGAGCCGUCGGACGGAGCCGCACCGCGACCGGCUGCGCGCGGCACGACGCCGACGCAGACACGCCGACCGACCGUCGACCACGCAGGCACGAUGACGACGCCCCCGCCCGGCGCCCACAAGACGUUACAAAUAGAGGCCAACCCGAACGUGGCCCUCAUCACUGGCAUCACGGGCCAGGACGGCUCGUAUUUGGCCGAGUUUUUAUUAGGCAAGGGCUACACGGUCCACGGCAUCAUCCGGCGCAGCUCGUCGUUCAACACGGGCCGCAUCGAGCACUUGUAUCGCGACAAGCACGAUCAGGACGUGAAACUAUUUUUGCACUACGGCGACCUCACGGACUCCUCGAACCUCUUCCACAUCAUCUCGACGGUGCGGCCCUCGGAAGUCUACAACCUGGGCGCCAUGUCGCACGUCAAGGUCUCGUUCGAGAUGUCCGAGUACACGGCCGAGGCCGACGGCGUCGGCACGUUGCGUCUGUUGAACGCCAUUCGGUCCGCGGGCCUCGAAAAGGCGACGCGCCUCUACCAGGCGUCCACCUCGGAGCUCUACGGCAAGGUCCAGGAGAUCCCGCAGAAAGAAACCACACCCUUCUACCCGCGGUCGCCCUACGGCGUCGCGAAGCAGUACGCCUACUGGAUGCUCAUCAACUACCGCGAGGCCUACGGCAUGCACCUGACGAACGGCAUCCUCUUCAACCACGAGUCGCCGCGCCGCGGCCCGACGUUCGUCACGCGCAAGAUCACGCGGGCCGUCGCGCGCAUCAGCCAGGGCAAGAUGAAGACCUUAUAUCUGGGCAACCUCGACGCGAAGCGCGACUGGGGCCACGCGCGCGACUACGUCGAGGGCAUGUGGCUCAUGGUCCAGCGCGACGAGCCUGAUGAUUAUGUCCUCAGCACGGGCGAGUGCCACUCGGUCAAGGAGUUCUGCGAGGUCGCCUUCGCGCGCGUCGGCAUCACCGUGCAGUGGAAGGGCGCGGCCGGCUCGGUGGACGAGAUCGGCGUCGACGCGACGGACCCGAGCCGCGUCCUCGUCAAGGUCGACCCCAAGUACUUCCGGCCGACGGAGGUCGAUUUAUUGGUCGGCGACUGCUCGAAGGCCAAGAAGCUCCUGGGCUGGGCGCCCAAGGUCACCUUCAAGGCGCUCGCCGAGGAGAUGGUCGACGCGGACCUCGCCGAGCUCCGGUCCGAGCUCGCGCGGGCGGGCCAGUAG